AUGUCUAACCCGAUGUCAUCGCGAUAUACUCUGGAGAUGAGUACUUCUCCCUUAUGGUUGUAUAUGAAUAACGAUUUUAAGGAAAUAGAAGAGGAAUCACAUGAAGAGGAGGAGAAAGAAGUGAAGACAACGACAACCACUUCAGCGCCCGUCAAGAAGAAGAAAGCGACCACAACCACAACCACUACGACUACCACCACAACCACAGCCGCACCUAAACUACAGAAACACGAGGAGGAAGAGGUGCCCGAAGAGAAGACAACGGCCGCACCACCACCUCCUCCACCACCGCCUCCACCCAAAAAGAAAUGGCCGCCAAAGAAGUUUCAGAUGCAGUUCCUCGAGGAAACCAAGGAGGAGGACGUGGAGCACCCUGUCAUGGAGACAACCCCUGCACCUCCGCCCUCAACAUCCAAAAAACCGUAUUAUCCAAAGGAGGAAUUGAAACUAUUGGGUAAUUCUAGUCGCAAGUGUGUCAAUAGUCAAUGGGUGGGCAUUAUUCCCCGAUGUGUGGAGGAACUACACUACGGGACAAUCAGUGUCAUAGAUUUGGCCGACAGGAGAAACCAUUCACUGGAAUAUAAGCGCCAGAAUUGGAAUAGCGACCGAUCGGCCGCCUAUUCCGUGGACUAUAAGAGCAAUAAGUGUUUGCGAUCGACCAAAAUGUCAAGACCUCACUCGUGGAAACUGCACCUGACCAAGGUGAAACGACACAUCUCUUACAUCGAGAUACUUGUUUCGGACAGAAACGGAAAUAUCGCCAAAAUCACAGACGCCUCCAAAAUCAUUAAAUAUUCAAAAGUGAAUGAUAUGAGAGAAUGUGUGCCCCAAGUGAUGGAAACCAGUGACCAAACGGUGCGAUUAAGCCUAACCUGUUAUAUGGAGUUCGACGGGGACUCCAAGUACGAGGCCUGGGAGAAGGAUAAGACUCAGUUGAUUACCAUUGAGUUUGAUGUGGACGACAUCACCAUUUGCGAGAUCAGACUCUUCACCAACUCGUUUAUGCCUUUGUAUCGGUGCGGGUCGGCAGACGUUGUCCUCCACUCCACCAUUGAAUUCAUCAAAAGUGGGAACAAAUACUCUGGAAAUUCCUAUUAUAGGUACAGAUGUGAUGAAGGCUUCCAAUUGGAUGGACCCGAAGAUGUUAGAUGUGGUCUUAAUAAUCAUUGGUUAGACCCCUUCCCAGUCUGUAAACCGAAGGUCCAGUGCCCGUACCCGCCAUCCAAAGACGACUCACUCUCAGUCGGCAUAAUCUGUCUCGUGAACAUAUGUAUAUUGCCACACUCCCACACGCCGUGUGAUGGCAAGUGGACGGGUGUCGAUCCCACUUGUAUUCACGACUCUGAACUCAAUUCCGAGCAUUUUAAGGAUAUUAAAGAUACUGAUGCCAAAGAUAUACAUAAGACCACAUUUGACGCUUUUAAUCCACUGGUGAGCACAGCAAAUAAGACAGCGCUGGCGUGUGGUAUACCAGCGAUGCCUUUGUUCGCCAAACCGACCACAUCUAAGAGAUUCCAAUUCUUCGGCGGUCAGUCAGAUCUGCGGCUGUGGUAUGAGAACGGGACAGUAAUCAACUACCAGUGCGAGUCAGCCUAUCGUUGGGUCACCGGCGAUGUCCAGAAAAGGACAUGUAUUAAUGGCCAGUGGGUCGGCAGAGUUGGCAAAUGCGGUGGCUUUUUUGGCAGUAAACGUCAGAUAACGGAUCCGACAAUAUUAGAGAACAGUCCGGUGACGGCAAGCGUAGGACGCACUGGAAAGGAGUGUCUGUUGACAUCGGCCUGGGAUUACUCGCACUCGCGGUUCGGCACGUAUUUCUUCUUCACUCUCGUUCCCGUCACCAGUGAUUACAAUCACAAGUCAUUCGCGGAAUAUAUCAUUAAUUUUGUGGUAAAUGUCUUGCAAUUAGUGUUUGUUUUGUCGGCACUCGUGUUGACAGUAUUUGCGGCCAAAUAUCUACUGAAGAAGUGGUGGCGACGACCACUGAUACCUCACUUUGAGUCCAUUAUCACCAGGAAGUCAUUGUGUGUAACGGCAGUGAUUGGUGUGAUAGUGGUGUGCAUUGCGUGGAAAUGGCGUCAAAAGUAUUUGAUUGAAUUGAGUCGUAAACAGUGCUAUGUCUUACAGACACCACAUGAGUGUCUCAACCGUUACAAUGAGCUGACGUUCGUGUCGUGGAUCAGACAUUACAUGUAUUCAUACGAACAGCGCCGACACGACUACUACCGGGCCGUUAAUGUCGACCCGUUUUGGGAAAUCAAUCCGUUGACAGUCAUCAGCGAACUCACCGCUGAACUCGUCUUAACACCACUCAAGAGUUUGGGACACUUUUCCGGUCUAUUCAUGUCAUCGUAUUUCAGUCAUAUUCCCAUAUAUUUAGUGAUCCCUGUCUUCAUAUUCCUCUGCUUUUGCACACUUUUAGUAGUCUUAUUAUUGGCGGUUUGGCUACUGAUGCCAAACAGGUAUUCAAUUAGAAUACCAUUCCUUAUGACCAUUCAGUUCGAGAGGAGACACAGAGGGUUGACAUCAGAUGAAUGCGACGCUUAUUUGCCAUCAAAUGAGCCUAAGAUUGUAAGGGCUGUUCUCUUGACACGUGAAUGGGGUUAUCAAAGCUGUGCGGCGUAUCCCUACCUGGAUCAA